AUGGUUCCACCACAAAAUCAUCAAUUUGAAGAUGAUGAAUGUUCCAUAUGUUUAGAAUCUAUAACUAAAGAUGAUAGAGUCGGUGUGAUCCCUUCUUGUGAUUGUCGAAUUCUGAAUCAAAAUUAUCAUCAUAAUUGUAUCGUUAAAUGGGCUUCAAAUUCAAAUAGUUGUCCUCAAUGCCGCAAACGUUUUUACAAAAUUAAUAUCUAUCAAAAAGUUGUUCCCAUUAUAACAAACCAUACCAUAACAACACCAUCUACUUUGAAAUUAAUCCAAAGUUAUACUGUCAAGGAUAAACUAUUAAAGAAUGAUGCUAUUGAUAAUAUCCCAGCUGAAUUCAUUAUACCGAGUAGUAUGAAUCAAGACCAUCUUUUAUCCCUUGCAGCCAAUCGAAUUUCCGCAACUUCAACAUCGUCAACAACCACCACAACCACAUCAAAUUCAUCAACAAGACCAAAUUCUUCCACCAUUGUCUCAGAUACAUCUGAUCCGAUCUUAAAUGGUGUAUGUGUCAUUUGUUCAUCUUCAAAUUACAAUUUCAGAUCUAGUCUUGUUAAUUGUACUCAUUGUAUGUCUAAUUUCCAUUAUUCUUGUAUAAAUCAUAAUAUCAAUUCGUCCCAUGCUAAUCGAAUGGGAGGAGAUGGGGAUGGAUCAUCGAAUGGAGUGAUUGAUGAUUAUUAUUUCCAAUGGUGUUGUCCUAUCUGUGAUAGUGAUCAAGAAUCAUUGAUACCGUAUAGUAGUCGAGUUAGGAAAAUAGUAAGGCAUAAACCAACCGUAACUACGAUAAGAAGACGAACAACAACCAAUACGACGUUUAAUAAAACUAGAAAGGCUAGACCAUGUCUUACUGCAUUUGAUGAUGCCAAUUAUACUGGUGAUGAUUUUGAUUUCAAUGAUGUCGAAGAAGAUGAUGAUGAUGAUAUUUAUGAUAAUAGAAAUCAUAAUUAUGACGAUUUAAUGUUUGAUGAUGAAUAUAAUGAUGAAAUUGAUGUGAUUAAUGAAACUGCUUUACUCCCAAAUAAUCCCCAUGAUACCUAUAGUAGUAAUAGUACUACUACUGCUGCAAAUCAUUAUCCACAGAUUAUCAAUGGUGGCGUAUUAUUACGAAAGGAAUUAAGAGCACAGGAGAAUUUAACCAAAGAAGAAUUAAAAUCAUGGGAGUUGUUUGAUCAUGUGAGGAAUCAUGAUGAUGAUAUUCAAGAUAUAAACAUGGAUAAAAGUGAUUCAAGUGGUGAUAAUGGUGGUAAAAGUGGUAAUACUGUGAAUCAGACUAACAAUAAUAUUGUGGUUAAUAAUGCAAUGACAGCUAGUAUUGGUAAGAAACGUAAGAAGAGAAAGAGAACAGUGAUUAAUGAUAUCGGAGGUGGUGAUGAUACUUCUAUGGUUGGUUCGAUAUCGACUUUAAGUAUGAAUAAUUCUCAUCCUACAAGGAUUUCCAAUUUAUUAAAUCAAUUGAAAACGACCACAACGACAACAUCAGUUAGUUCUAGUAGUAUAAGUCCCAUUCAAUCAUCUUCAUCAAGAGGUUCUCGUUCUACUAAUGUGUUCUCUUCGCCACCUCAAUUUCCAUCACAAUCUCAAAAUUCCCCUAUUAUUUCAAUUUCAGAAUCUCCGAGUUCAAUAUCUCCAAUGUCAAACAGUCCCAUGGAAUUGAAUGAUAGUGAUACCCAAUAUGAAAGUGAUUUUUCUAAACAUCGUAAGAGACAAUUACCUCCACUCCCACCACCACCUCCACCGCCUCCUCCAAGAUUUGAAUUAUCCUUAGAUCAAAAAGUUGAAAUUCAAAAAUAUAUUCGAAAUAAUUUAAGACCAUUGUAUAAUCCCUUACAACUUAAUUCUAAAAUCAAAGAUGAAGAUCAUUAUAUCAAUAUUAAUAAAACGAUUUCUCGAAAGAUUUAUAGUCAUAUCAUCAAUGAAUCCAAGAAGAAUAACGUGGAUUAUUACGCUGGUUCUAUAUCCGAUAGUGAGAAUUAUGAAGAUGAUAUUGAUAUGCAUAACGUUGAAUCCUAUUUCAACCAGGGCAAUUCAGAUAAAUUGAUUACGAUUAUUAAUAAGUAUGUAGAAGAGGAAUUAUCCAAGAUAUAG